CCAGUACCAUGUGAGGUACCGCUUUCAUGUGCUUUUUCAAAAUUACUGUUCCCCGGGGAAGUCAAAUGCUCCUGCUCAUCAGUUGCACAAUUUCCAUUGCUGUCUUGCGCGAUACUUGAGCGGCUGCUGACCUGUAUUAGUGAUAAUCCCAGUCGUAUCAAAGUAUGAUACCCGAUCAUAAGGGGCCUCACGUACAAAAUAAGAAGGAACUCAUAUGCUGAUUUGCUCGAAAGACUGUUUGCCAGUCUAUCCCAUGACCGAAACCGGCUUUCGAACACACGAGGGCGAUAUCUUCACCGAUUCUAACUGGACUAGCCUUGUUCAACUUGACUGCCGGCUUCGAUUUAGACUUUCCAGUUCUAAGUGUCAGGGAUCGUCCUAUGGUUGUGUUUGGAAUCUCUACCAGAGUAAUGGCCGCAGGCGGGCCGCGGGCCAGCAUGCCAGCUCAUAUUGUGAUUGCCUGUUCAAAUGCUUGAUGGGGUUGUUCAGACCCUAUGUCGUUCCCGCGUAUUGA